ACCUCUAUCCAGCUGCCGGAUGAGUUUUUUUUUCUUUGCACAAAGUUCUUAUUUUUGUCUAAGUGGAUCAGUGCAUUGAUUUGUGCAGAAAACUAGCACAUGUAUGUAAAGGAACAUUUCAAGGGAAACACAAAGCCAGCUAUACCAAGUGUGGAUUUUUGUCUUGGAAAAGGCACUUAUUAUCAGGAGUAGAAACAGAGCGUCUGUAGAGAUUCUACUGGAAGAAAAACACUUUUCUUCCUGGAAGAGCCUGAAAACAGGUUUUUGAAGAGGACAUGAAAAUAACUAGCAGGUUGGACAAUCUGCAUGGGUCAUGGAGGCUGGUUCUCUGGCUAGUUGCAAUAUUUCUUACAACUCUGCUUCUGUUGAUUUUGAUGGGAAUUCAUGUUCAAUUUGGGCAUCACAGUCUACUAAAAAGAGAAACCCAAGCUAACAUGACCAUGCCUCCUGCGUCCACUCCCAUACAAGUCCGUCUGGUUAAUGGCAGGGGCCGCUGUGAGGGUCGAGUGGAGAUACUGUACAAUGACACCUGGGGCACAGUGUGUGACGAUGACUGGGAUAUUGUGGAUGCCAAUGUGGUGUGUCGUCAGCUGAGCUGCGGCCUUGCCCUUGCCGUCUCUGGAAGCGCUAUUUUUGGACAAGGGACAGGCCCAAUCCUCCUGGACAACGUGGACUGCAAAGGCACAGAGUCCGGGUUGAGCCAGUGCAGCAGCCUUGGCUGGGGUGUUCACAACUGCUACCACUACGAGGAUGUGGCCGUGACAUGCAAUGAUAUGUCUUUUCCUGUGAUAAGAGAGAAAAAUCAGCAAACUACACCAACCCCAAAGAAAACUGGACAGGAAGAGGGCAGUGUUCGCUUGGUAAAUGGACCAGAUGCCUGCCAGGGCAGGGUGGAGAUCUUUUACAAAGGAAGCUGGGGAACAGUUUGUGAUGAUGACUGGGGAAUAAAGGAUGCCAUUGUGGUCUGUCAUCAGGUUGGCUGCGGACCAGCUCUGGCUUUUACAACCAAUGCUUUUUAUGGAUACGGCACAGGACUCAUUCUUCUUGACAAUGUUAACUGUGAUGGAAGCGAAUCAUUUCUGGCCUCGUGCUAUAGUCUCGGUUGGGCUAUACACAACUGCGGGCACCACGAAGAUGCUGGAGUAGUGUGUGCAGGGACUGGGAUAUCAACGGUGGUGCCCAAUAGCACAACUACAAUGAACCAGACAAAAAAGACUGUCACUGAGAGCAUGGCAGUUGCAGCACUCACAGGCACAGUGACACAGGGGAUACCAUCAACUGCUGACUCACAGAUUCCCUCAGUUAGAGGCUCAAUUCGUGUUGUAAAUGGAAACAGCAGCUGCCAGGGUCGAGUGGAGGUCUUCUACAACAAUGCAUGGGGGACCGUGUGUGACGAUGAUUGGGAUAUGUUCAACGCUAAGGUAGUCUGCAAACAACUUGGUUGUGGAAGCGCCAUUGAGGCCAAAGUUUUGGGCUACUUUGGCUACGGCAGUGGACCUAUACUAUUGGACAACGUGGACUGUGAUGGAAGUGAGCCCUUCCUCUCUGAUUGUUUCCAUUUGGGAUGGGGUCAGCAUAACUGUGGUCAUCAUGAAGAUGCAGGGGUAAUUUGUGGAGAUGUUGUAAAGCUACCACCAAAGGAGCAGCUAACACAUACUACAACACCUUCACCAACAAUUCCCAGAGAAGGGGCAGUUCGACUGGUCAAUGGAAGGCACCGAUGUGAGGGUCGGGUGGAGCUGUACCUGGAAAAACAAUGGGGAACAGUGUGUGAUGAUGCCUGGGAUCUGAAAGAUGCAAGGGUGGUCUGCAGACAGAUGGGUUGUGGCAAUGCUACUGCAGCCCAGGAGGAAGCUUAUUUUGGCAGAGGCACUGGGAUUAUUCUACUAGACAAUUUAAAAUGCAGAGGCAAUGAAACAUAUCUUCAGCAGUGUUCCCAUAUUCGCUGGGAUGUCCACAAUUGUGACCAUUCAGAAGAUGCUGGAGUGACAUGUGCUCUGUCAUGAUUAGCCCUGCGGAAAACCUGAACAUAUGUAAAUCUAUAAAUGUUGUAAAUAUCCUUUUAGCCAGCAUAUAUAAAUAUAUAUGGAUUACUAUUAUGCACUUUAUAAAUAUGACACAAAUCUUUUUUGCUAGAAACCAAAAGUUACAAACCAUGUAAAAGACUUUUAAAUAUUUAAUUUUCAUGUACUGCUUUAUACCUUAAUUAGAUGAUUUAAUAUGGUGUUCUAAGGGACAUUUAUAAAUAAUUUAUAUAAGCCAAAAAAAAUCCAAUGAUGCUCUAAAGCAAACUUUUAUGUAGGGGAAACAUAAUUUAACAUUUUAUGUAAGUAUUAUGGCCUGCAGAAAGUUACAGCUAACAACUAAGUUCUCCAAACUCACAUUUUUCAUCUUCUCAUAGAUAAUUCAAAAUAAUUUAUUAAAAAUAAGCCCUUAAAAAUAAUGUAUUUUCUAGUUCUGCAGUCUUAUUCAUUAAUUUAUAUAACUGCCUUCUGUCAAAUAUUCAAUUUUUAAGAAUAGUAGACAUAAAGAACAAAGACAACUAAAAAAAAAAAGACCUCUUAAAUCUAUAUGGAAUACAACAGUACAUUAUAUUAAAUAUAUAAAACACAACAGACUAAACUGUAAUAAAUACUGUAUGGUGAAGUGUGUGAAGGACAACAAAUGACAUAUUCAAAAAAUUUGGACGAGAGAGGGCUUUGUGCCCAAACUAU